UGUCAGGAUGUGGCGGUCUAUUUCUCCAUGGUGGAGUGGGAGUACAUAGAAGGACACCAGGUUCUGUACAAGGAGGCCAUGAUGGAGGCUCCCCGGCUUCUGACAUCACCAGAUGGAUCCAGGAGGAGAAAUCGCCCCAAAAGAUGUCCCCAUCCUCUGUAUUCCCAGGACUGUUCAGAGGAGACGCUCCCAGAGAACCAUCAGGAUGAAAAUCUGAUUAAUAUUAAGGUUGAGGUUAAAGAUGAAGAUGAAGAGGAGAUUAAUUUAUGGGGCGAUCAUCAGUAUGGAAUCAUAGAAAGAAAUCCCCCCAAGAGAUGUCCCUGUCCUCUGUAUCCCCAGGACUGUCCAGAGGAGAAGCUCCCAGAGAACCAUCAGAAAAUCUCAAGAAUUCUGAGGAAAAUGUCAUAUUAACAGUAGACUAUAAAGAAAAAGAUGAAGAUAUCGGGCAGCGCUCUUCAGAAGAAAACCUAAUUACCUGUAAUGUACAUCAAGGACUUAACUGUACAGACCCGUCAUAUAAUUCUCCUAAUCAUGAGGAACCUGCUCCUGACCAAUCACAGAUUGUUACCACAAUUAUUGGGCAGGAAGGGGGUAAAAGGUUUAAUUGUGGGGAAUGUGGAAAACAGUUAAAAACCAGAUCCACUCUUAAUGCCCACAGAAAAAUUCACAUUGGAGAGAAAGCAUUUUCAUGUCCAGAAUGUGGAAAAUGUUUUACAAAUAAAGCAAAUCUUGUUAGACAUGAGAGAAUUCACACAGGAGAGAAGCCAUUUGCAUGCUCAGUGUGUUCAAAAUGUUUUUCAAAUAAACCCGAUCUCGUUAUACAUGAAAGACGUCACACAGGAGAGAAGCCAUUUUCAUGUUCAGAAUGCGGGAAAGGUUUUAAAAGGAAAUCAGAACUUGUUAAACAUCAAAGAAAACGCACAGGAGAGAAGCCGUAUUCAUGUUCAGAAUGUGGUAAAUGUUAUGGAAAAAAAGCCAUACUUAAAGAACAUCAGAGAAUUCAUACUGGAGAGAAACCAUUUUCAUGUUCAAUAUGUGGGAGCCGCUUUAUAUGUAAAUCAAGUCUUACUCAACAUGUGAGAACUCACAAAGGAGAGAAGCGAUUUGCAUGCUCAGUGUGUUCAAAAUGUUUUUCAACUAAACCCGGUCUCGUUAUACAUGAGAGAAGUCACACAGGAGAGAAGCCAUUUUCAUGUUCAGAAUGCAGGAAAGGUUUUACAAAUAAAUCAGAUCUUGUUAAACAUCUGAGAUAUCACACAGGAGAGAAGCCGUAUCCAUGUUCAGAAUGCGGGAAAAGCUUUGUUACAAAAACCAAACUUAAAGAUCAUCAGAGAAUUCACACAGGGGAGAAGCCAUAUUCAUGUUCAUUAUGUGGGAAAUAUUUUAGACAAAAGUCAAGUCUUGUUGCACAUGAGAAAAAUCACACAGGAGAUAAAUGAUUUCGAUGUUCUUUAGGUACUAUAUGUUUUACAACAUCAUAAUAUCUAAUUUUGAAACUCACAUAGAGAAAAAAACACCCAAAUUCGAUUAACCUGAUGUCAACGGUGAUCAGGAUCAAUGGAGGGAAAGUAUUGUGGAUUUGAGGAAGAAAAUAAGAGCCUUGUUUACUGUAGAGCAGUGAAGAUGUAAUUGUCACAAUGAACCUUGCUUCCUACUAUAUUCAUACCUCGACUCCAGGCUCGGACUCACCCACAGGGAAACGGGUGAAUACCUCGGUGGUCCACUGACAAAGAUGGGCCCUCAGUAACCUAUUACAGCCUCUCAGCCAGCCUACAUCCAUACAACUCAGUGGUUCAGGUGACUUCUCGGUACAAAGGCAAGCCAGACCGUAUCAUUUUUCCCCAGAAACCCAACUUCUCAAAGUUUUUGCAGGAAUCACCAUAAUGAAUCAUCUUGAGCGUCUUAUUGCUGCCUGCCGCUAUGUGAGUAGGUAAUAUUUGCAUGUAGCUGUACAGUGGGCUUCCAGAAUGAAUUUUACUGGUGGGCUCUAGGCACCCUCGUCUGACACUGUUCCACCCAUACUGCAGGAGAAUUCAGAGGAACAUAGCAAAAAAGGAAGGACUUCCAUUAGAGACUUUUAGGUAACAUAGGUGGACAUAUUGAUAUUUUUAUAUUCAUUUGUACAGUAUAGAAAGAUAAAGGUGAUGGGGAAAAUAAUAACUUAUAUUUGUAAUAAUUUGUUACACAAAAUAUUUAUAGAUCUACCAAAUCCAUCUCUGCCUUGAAUACCCGGCGAUGUCCCUUUGGCAAAAUCAACCUACAGCAGGUGUUUAUUAAAAAGUCUUAUUCACAUACUAUAUGUGUAUUUUGGUCAUGUAAUGUCCGUAUUUCUAACCCAAACUUAGGAGUAGGUCUAAAACAUGGAAAACAUGACCAUAUCUUAAUUAAGUUCUACUCUGUUCUAUUCGCUUACAAAUAUCAUGUUACAAAUGUUACAAGCAACAGGGGUCUACAUCAUGUUCAUCUGGUUACUAAUUUUGUUUGAGCGUUUGCCUUGUAUCUGAAUCUGUGUGUGGUUAUUGCCUUCUCUGAUUGAUAAGGGUGGAGUCGCUGAUAGAUGAGACUUUUAUAUAUCCAGACUUUACUCCAUUCUAGUUAUUGGUAUAGUGUUUGCCAUGUGCAUUUUUGUUCUAGUCCUGUGUGUUUUAUGUUUAUUCCGGGAACUGUAUUUCCACCAUUUCUUGCUGCGUUUGGUUUUUGUCUGUUGCGUUGUCCUGGCUGAUUUUUUUUACUUAAAUUCAAAUAGAGUAAGUUCAAUAUUGCCCCUUUUCUGCUCACUAUCAUUCAUUCACUAUCUUCACAUGUGCCACACAUCUGCCACCCACUCCAUUGAUGGAUUAUCUCCUUCUGUGACCCACAGCAUUCAGUUCCUAUCCACCGGUGAUUUUGUUUCAGUGUCAUGUUUUUUGCCAGUGUUGAAACAUGUUUCAUUUGUGAUAUGUUUGCAACUGUCUGUUGGGCAGUUCAGCCCUUCUGGAAGUCCUUGGGGUAUGAGUACCAAGAUCUAUUGUUAUCUAUUGGACUGGCAAAGGUAAAGUCCAGUUCUGCAGUCUGUGUUGUUGCCAAUACAAGAUACUUACCACAAGACACAGAUGUCAAUGAGGCCGUACUGUCUACUGGUCUCUUACAUGUGAGGUAUUGUUUCCUAUUCUUCCAUGAAGAAGCAUAACAUUCUUAUAAAGGGUAAGGAUUACUAGAGCGCACAAGGACUAAACAUUAAAGUAUAAAGCUUUAAUACAAAAACUGUAUAAUUGUGUUACUAUCCACACAGCAGGGAUUUUACAUGAGCCGGUCCUGACACAAUCAUCUCCCAUCAACCUGCUCUGUACAUUAUAACAUUGUUGUGAUCAUAGAUACACUAACAGCUCAGCUUCAUAUGAUUCGGUCAUGUAACCAGUGGUACGGCCACUUCUCCAAAGUCUCCCAAGAGACAUUUUUCAAUAACUGUGCCAGGCUGCAUAUUUCUUAUGCUACUGUGAGCAGGAUGUGUGUAAACGUGCUACCAUGGCCGCAGUGUCUCCAGACUUGUCUCCCAUCAAGCACUUCUGGGAAAUUGGUCGGAAAUUGCAAAUGGAGCUGCCAUCAGCGGAUCUUGAUGAUUUGCGUGCCCAAGUGCAUUCCGCAUGGCAGAACAUUCCUCAGACCACCAUUAAUAACCUCUUUGAUGGCAUGCCAAGACAUGUAAGUGUGUGUAUAUCUGCACGUGGCACUUAUACCCCAUACUGGACAAAUUGAGAUGUUUUGAAUGUGUUGCCUAUCAUUUAUAUGUAUAUCGAUCCUGUGAUU